CUUCACUGAUCAUAUUCGGAACCCACCGCGUGGCCAAGGGCUGCCCUUCUCGAAAAGCUCACCGGAGUUGACCUGCACUAUCACGCGACUCAACCUUGAGCUAGAAACCGCAGCUGCUUAGCAAAGCAGCGGGCGCUACAUCAGGGUACCCGCCCGGAUCCGUAUAUUCUUUCCUCAAAUAUCGCACCUCACCUCAAUUCCAUUGCCACACGCUUUCCUCUCGACAAUGCUUCCGCCACUACCCCGGUUAAGCGACUACGAUGUCUCCUCACAGAACGGCUUUUUGCCUUCGGAUAUUCCACUCGACGUUCUUCCUGAUCCAUACUACCAGCCAUGGGAAACCGUCGUACGCAACUUCCAGGGUCUGAUUCUUACUAAGCGACUACGACGAAUAAUCGAUGCUCUACCUGUGCUGUCUACCGAUCUCCUCCUCACACAACCCGAAUGGCAGCGAGCAUACUCUAUUCUUGGAUUCUUCGCUCACGCAUAUGUCUGGGGAGGUGACAGGCCUGCCGAUGUUGUACCACCAUCCGUUUCGAUCCCCUUUCUGGAGACAUGCCGACACCUCGAGAUGCCAACCGUAGCCACCUAUGCUGGUGUCUGCUUAUGGAACUGGCGCCCGCUGUUCAGUAACGAGCCAGCGGACACCCUGGACAACCUAGCGACGCAAAUGACCUUCACUGGCUCGCUGGACGAGUCGUGGUUCUACCUUGUUUCGGUAGCGAUUGAAGCACGUGCAGGACCCAUCAUUCCCAUGAUGAUCGAAGCCAUCGCAGCUGUUAGGCGCAACGACAUGGCCACAGUUGCCGAGUGUCUUCGCACGUUCGCUGAAAGACUCGACGAGAUUGGCGUUUUGUUGGAACGCAUGUACGAAAGCUGCGACCCGCACGUCUUCUAUCACCGUAUCCGGCCUUUCCUCGCAGGCAGCAAGAAUAUGGCGGAUGCUGGUUUACCUAAUGGAGUCAAGUUCGACGAUGGAACCGGACAGCAACCUUACGUCCAACUAGGCGGUGGCAGUAACGCACAAAGUUCGGUCAUCCAAUUCUUCGACAUCGUUCUUGGUGUCGAGCACCGCCCAACUGGCAAGAAGUCAACGGACGGCCCAGAGUCUGCUGGUGGAGCUGUCGGUGCACCAAACAACAACUUCAUCACGGAAAUGCGUAACUACAUGCCCGGACCGCACCGCAGGUUCCUCGAGGCUGUUGAGCGUGUAGCCAACAUUCGGGCGUUUGUCGAAUCGAACCGUAGCAACCGUGCUCUGACCACAGCAUUCGAUGCCUGCUUGGCUAUGCUGCGAACGCUCCGCGACAAGCAUAUACAGCUUGUGUCCCGCUACAUCAUCAUCAAGUCUCGCGAGAACAAGAACGCAGCGCCAAAACAGGCCAUGAACCAGCCUCAGCCUGUCAACCUGGCAAAUACCGUACAGCGCAGCGGUAGCAAGGCGCUCAGGGGUACUGGUGGCACAGCUCUCAUCCCCUUUCUCAAACAAGCUCGCGACGAGACUGGCGAGCCUGCCAUCGAUGCCUGGGCACGCCGUCUGCUCGGUAACGGCCCAGGUGAUGCAGGCAUCGCAAGGCUCGGCAAGGUCAAGGAAGGUUUCGACGGAGCUGUUGAAGUCGUCGGCCUUGCAGGUACCUGGAGCGUCGACGACAGCGAGGGUGGUAUCUGCCACUGGUAAGCGACAAACUGCUGCAGUCCCGCUCGCUCGAGAGUAGCUCAUGGAUUCUCUCACAUGAAAGAGGUUUUAACCUCGCGAAGUUGCACGCCUGCAGACGUCUGUGUGCCCGCAGACGUUACUGUACGGGCUGGCUUCUAGGGCAUUUUCAUUAGUUUAGGUGAUUUCCUUAUGUUGAGGCACACUCCUUCACAUCUGCGAAGCUAUACUUGAUAUCACACAAAAGCAAUAUACAGACCACGUUCAGUGUCUUUGAGACACAUAUUCAACAUUUUUCCGAGAUCUAUUGCAGCACCGCAGACGUGCUCCCAGCAGAUGACCCUUCCUUGUGGACCAAUGCACGGCAACAGCCGCUAAU